AUGCUGCAUUCAGAAGACAGCGAAAGGCCUCGACCAGAAACUUUAUCUGGGUUUGUGCACUGGCCCGCGGGCGUGGGCCGUGCGUGCGGACCCCUGGCUGCCGAGCUGUUCCGCAGACAUGCCCGCGGCACCCGCCCCGGGGUGGCGCAGCGGUUCCGAAGAACCAUGGCUGGCUUCUAUGCCUGCCUGAAGAAUCAAGAUGAUCCUACUAUGGCUGAAUCCCUUAGUGAGGUUUCUGGAAGUCUGGAAGUUCUGGAGGCCAACGAUGAGGUAAAGAAGAAAUCCAAAUUCAAAGCCUUCAAGAACUUUUUUGGCAAGAAGAAGAAGAAAGAGCCAGAAGGUGCCCGGGGAGGGAGGAGGCUAAAGCCAAGCUUGUCCAGCGGCAGUAUUAACAUCUCUUCUCUGAAGCCGGUUUGGGAAGGUCAGCGCGCCAAGACCAGGGCCAAGAGCAGCAUGGGCAGCAAAGCCCUGUCCCAUGACAGCAUCUUCAUGUUGGAUCCUGAGCCUGAAAUAUCAGUGCAUAGAAUCUGCCCCUCUCCAGAGCGCCAGAGAGGCAGACCUCGACAGAGAUCUCAAGCUUCCAGAACUCUGCCUAGAUCUGGGACUAGUGAUGUGCAUGGAGGUGUUUCUGGACUUAUGUUUGGAGCUGUGCCACGAUAUGUGCCCAGAAGUGGAAUCUGGAUUGGGGGCUCCAAGGUCGCUGAGCUCCCCUCACUGCACCGACGCCACUCAAGCAGCAGUCCCCCUCUGAUCCGAUCUCACACAACCUCUGCUGACUUUGAAGAAACCUCUGUUGAUGAGGAGUCACCUAAGAUCCCACAGAGGAAAGAUUUACCAAUCAAGAUUAUGUCAAUGAGGAAGAGCUCCUUUGAGCCCUCACCAGGACCCACCCACUCACAGUGCAUGAGCGCGUAUGCCAUGAUUGCCUCUCCCAGCUGCACUCACCUGCCCGUGAGUCUCAGCAGCUCAGCCAGCACCUGCUUGGACUCCUCAGCAGCUCGACACAAGAUGGCCUUAAACCCCCGGAAACACAAGAAGAGAAAGAAUCCUCAAGCCACUGGGAAAGCAAAGCAAGAGGAGCCCAUCCUUCUAGUGGCUUCUGGAGAAGAGAAGAGUACAACCAAGCCAAGAGAAGCGGACAAAUGGAAACCGAGAAGAGACGGUGCAGGUGUCUCAAGCCUGAAACGCAGCAAGAGAACCGAAGUGCAGGAUAAGAAGCCAGUGGACAAGGCUGCAUGGGCCGGUGUGGCCUGGGCUGAAAGGUGGGAGUCAGCGGCACAAGGGAGACUUCGCAGCAAACAAGGAUCGAGUGCUUCAGGAUCGACUGAGUGUGCGCCCCGAGGAAGAAGCUUUAAACCAUCCAGUCGAGGGCUUGUCCCCAGUGAGAGGGCUGGGUCCCCACCCGCCAAGAAGAAUGCCAGGGACUGCCGUCUCCGGAACCUGUCUCUGGAGCGACAAGUCAUGGAGCAGCCCGCGACUCAGCAGGCCCAACGUACUCCUCCCCAGGAGCCGCUUCCAGAUGGAGAUGGCAAGAGAAAGAAAAAGGCUGGCGUCAAUUUGGACACCAGAAAAGCCCCAGUGUCCCAGUCUGUACCCGAAGCCCAGGCAGAGUCUGUGGUUUGGGGUCCAUCACCAGGCCGGGAGGACGGGGCCUCCAGAGCCGAGCGGCCAGAAGCCAGAGCUCCUCUUUCAUCGGGGACGGAAAGCCUUUCUACAACCCCGGAGGAUGUCAUCUUCUCGGUGGCUACGGAGGCGCAAGUGUUUAUGGACCCCUCCCACCUCCAGUCAGAAGGGGAGGAGGCUUUCAGCUUUGAUCUGCAAGCUAUCAAGUUGAAGAUGGAGUCGGUUCAAGAUAUUCCAGCCGUCUGCAGAGAAAGGUCACCCGCAAACAUUCUCCCGGCCUUCACAGCAAGCAUUUCAGGCCCCGCCAGCGCUCGGGCCGAGGGAGGCAUUUCUGCCGAGAGGCUGACUCCCAGAAGCCCUUCCUGGGUCUUGAGAAAGCCCAGAGCCGGAGACAGGUCCUCGGAUCCCGAAAGCCCGUCAGAGGAGGAGAGCGGGUCCAAGCAGCAGCUGCUCCCCGGGUGUUCUCUCCAGUCCUCGGGGAAGCCUCACGACGACCAAGACGUCUUCACAGGAUCCGAGAGUUCGGCUAUGGAGCUGAGCAGCCCCGAGCGGCAGCUGGCCGCCAGAUACUUGGCGGGGGCUUUCGGGAACGCCGAAGCCGAGGAAGCAUCCUCGGAAACAAAGAGCGCGUCGGAGGAGGAGGAGAGCGGGUCCGAGCUGCAGCGAGCUCCCAGCCACCCCUUCCAGCCCUUGGAGGAGCCUGACGAUGACCAAGAAACCUCAGACUCAGAAAGUUCCAGCAACUCGAGCAGUUCUGAUGAGCUGCUGACUCCCACCUCGGCUGCCCAGGCCUUGGGGGAGCCUGAAGACCAAAUGUCCACAGAAUCCGAUGGCUACGUGGAGAAGUACGACAGCGCUGAAGAGUGGAGCAGCGCAGACGAAGAUGGGCCUCCUGGACCCCCUUCCCAGGCCUCGGCGAAGCCUGCAGACCAGCAACAGGUGGCCUCAGUUUCCCAGAUCCUCCCGGCGGAGUGGGGUGUGUCCGUGGAGUGGCUGGCUCUGUCCUUCUCGGAGCCGAUCCUUCCGCAGCAAAUGUCCAAGGGUUCGGCGAGGCCUCCCGCCCCCAGCAGCAGCCCUGUGGAGCCCGCGCCCCCCCGGCAGCCGGUCCAGCCCCGGCCGAGCCCUCAGGCAGAGCCACAGACCUCCGCGGGCCCCGACAGCGCGGCCGCACAGUGGGACAUUCCUCCGGAGCCGCUGCCUCCCAGAAUCUCUUCCAAGCGCCUCGGGAAGUCUUGGGUGGAGCAACCAGUCUCUAAAAGUCCAGAAAUUUCUACCGCUGUCGGGCUCUCUUCCGCGGAGCUGCCGCCGCCGCUGCCUCCGAGGCCGCAUUCCCACCCGCUGCUGGAACCCAUCACGGAGCAAGCGAUCCAGGAGCCUGUGCGGGUCCCGGCUGUCGAGGGGAGCAUUUGCGUGGAGCUGCCACCUCCCCGAGGUCCCUGCCAGACGGUCCUGAGGCCAGUCGUGGAGCACCAGGUGUGCCUGGGAGCAGAAAGUGCUGGGGUCGAUCAGAAUGCCUCAGUGCAGCCGCCGCCGCUCCCCAGACACGACUCUCAGUCCCCGACGCGACCUCUGGUCCCACAGCAGGCCCCCGACGGUCCAGAAAUGCCGGCAGCUCCUGCGGAGCCUUGGCCUCUGCAAGGCCUUGCCCAGGCCUCCGUGAACCCCAUAGCAGAGCCCAGUGUGUUCUCGGGUAUGGAGGCCACCGCCACCGCCGCCGAGAAGGUCAUUUCGAUGGAGCCGCUGCUCCCCACAUACUCUGCUCAGACCUUGACCAAUGCGAGAGGCGCGCAAGCGUCAGAAGCUGAUAGCACCGGCACUGAGGGCGCAUCCGCGGAGCUGCCACCCAGAGACCCCUCGCAGCCCGCCGUGUGGCCCAAAGUCCCGCCACAGCCCGCCCCACCAGAGCCGGUGGGCGCCUCCGCCACAGGGUGCUGCCAGCCUGGCCUGGGCCUUGCCCCGGAUGCUGCCCUGGUGCCGGGCCCGGCAUCUCCCAGAACCGUCUACCGGUCCUGGUUGAGCUCCUCAUUCGAGCAGCAGGACUCCGAGCGCGAAGAGAGCGCUGCUCUGGAGUGGGGCAUUUCUCUGGAGCCACGAGCUCCCCUGCCUCCACUGCCUCCCAGAAAGACUUCUCAGAACCCCAGGAGGCGGGCAGUGAAGCGAACCGACUCCCAGCAAUCAGUGAGCGCCCCCCCAGAACGGAGCAGUCCUCCAGAACAACGCAGUCCUCCUCCAGAACAACAGAGCGCGCCUCCAGAACAACGCAGUCCUCCUCCAGAACAACAGAGCGUGCUUCCCGGACAACAGGGCGGGCCUCCAGGGCAGCGGAGCCCGCCUCCAGAACUAAGCAGUGCUCUUGCAGAACAACGCAAUGCUCCUCCGGAACAAAGGAGAGUGCCUCCAGAACGACGCAGUGCCCCUGCCGAGCCAAAGCUUCCCAGAUGCUCUGUCAGGUCCCGGGGCAGCACAAAAGUCAAGCAACCUGUCUCAGAGGCUCUAGAGGGCACGGAGGCCCUGAGGAGAAUUGCUAUGGAGCAGUCCUCUCUCAGAAGGUCUUCUAAGACCAAAGCAGUGGUCAAGCAAGCAGCCUUCCUGGCUCCAGAUGGCUCCAUGGCCCAGAAGAGCGUUUCUACAGAGCAGCCCCCUCCCAGAAUGGCUUCGCAGGCCCUGACCAAAGCAGUGGCCAAGCAACCAGCCUUCCUGGUUCCAGACGGCUCCGUGGCCCAGAGGAGCAUUUCCAUAGAUCAGCUGUCUCCCAGAAUGCAUUCUCAGGCCCCGACCAAAGCAGUGGUCAAACAACCAGCCUUCCUGGUUCCAGAUGGCUCCCUGACCCAGAGGAGUGUUUCCACAGAUCAGCUCUCUUCCAGAAUGGCUUCUCAGGCCCUGACCAAAGCAGUGGUCAGGCAACAAGUCUCCACAGCUCCAGAAAAGUUUGCCACCGAGAGGGUUGCUUCUACAGAGCCUUGGCCUUCCAAGAAGACUUCCCAGUCCCCUGGGAGAUACAGAGUCCAGCAAAUAUCAUACAAUUUUGAGAGUGUUUCCACCCAGACAGCCAUGUAUGCAAAGCCAGUGGCUUCCAAAUAUCCUACCCAGUUCUCAUCAAGGUCUAAGGUUCAGGAGAUGUCCUCACGUAUAGAGAAUACCGUUGCUGAAAGAUCUGCUAAGAAACCACCAGUGUCCAGGCAUCCUUCCCAGUCGUUUGUGAAGUUUAUGGCAGAAAAAGUGUUUUCGGAGAGUGCUGCUAAUUCUCUAUCUACAAAUCAACUUUCCAAAUCUCUGUUGAGGUCUAAAGUCCAGUACCCAGUUUUCUUGGGCCCAGAGAAUGCCAGUACCGAAGGAGCCGUCUCUUCCAAGCUGCUGCCCCUGGCACACCCCUUACAGCCCUUGGGGAGGCCGGAAGGCCCCAGGGAAGUUCUCCCACGUUCAGAAAGUGCCCCCACCAAGCCGAAGCAGAGCAGUUCCAAGGAGCAGGUGCCCCCCAGACACCUUUCAUUGGCACCGGCCAAGCUCGAGUACCAGCAAGUCUCCUCAGCCUCUCAGAGCUCUCCUGAAAUAUGGAAGAGUUCUGAAGAGCCACUGCCUUCCAGAGGCCCUCACCAAGCCAAGGAGGUGGUUGAAUUACAGCCACGGCUUUUCUUGGCAGGUCCAGCGAGCGUCCCUGGAGAUUGGAACAGGUCUGAGGAGCACCAGCCUCGCCAUCGCAGAUACCCUUGCCAGGUGUUGACAGAGCCCGAGUACCUGCCACAGGUCCGUCCGGGUUCCGUGAGUGCCGCCGCUGCAGGCGCCACCUCUGAGAGCUGUCCUGGAAGCUGGUCCCUCUCAGGAGGCCCAGCUUCUCCAAACAAGACCAGGAAAUUUCGACAAGUCUCUGAAGACCUCCUUAAGAAUACCCUGCUUCCAGAUCCCAAACCCGUGAAGUUCACUAUGGCUUCUACCAGGCAGGCCUCCACUGCGGGGGGCACUUACUCCAAGGGAGAAGGUCUCAAGAGCAGUGAUCGAAAUAACAGCCAUCCACAUGAAUCCACCGGUGAGACUGGUGUUGAAACCAUUUUUGGAGUUCGCCUGAGAAAAGUCCCUUCCUUGAAGAAGUACAAGAGUGAGAAACAAGAUGAUCUUUUAAAGUUUUCUUCACUCUCCUUGGGCCUGAUUUCAUCUUCCACAGAACAGCAAAUCAAAAGAAGCUUUUCCCAGGGGCUCCAGGGCACUGCAGAGAACCCCGGCACAGCAUCUGACCUUGCAGAGAAGCAAGAGACCAGGCCCCAAUCCGAAAGCAUGUCCAAGAAGCAACCCAUUUACAAGGUCCCAGGGAAGGCUCUUGGCCAACACUCAGAUUGUACAGCCUCAGAGCCAGCUUGGAUAACCAUGGGAGCUGGCCUUGCAACUGAAAACCAAUCCAGAAAGACUUUUGCUUCCGAUGUCAAUAAACUGGAGAAGCCGGCAGAGAAGAAGCUACCUAAGUUUACCAAAGCAGGAUUCAAAGAUCAGAAGAUAGCUCAAAUGCCUGCCAUGGCCAAAGAAACCAGGCAUUCUUCCACUCUGCCAGCUGCGGUCCAGGCGCCAGCAGAGCCGGAAGAGCCAGUCUGGUUCUUCCUGGCCAAGGAGAAAGCCAAAGCUUGGACCCAUAUAUCGGAAAUCAUGCAGUAA